GAGACGACCUUCGAGAGAGUAUGAAGUUGAACAAAUCCGUUCGUUUGUUCGCGGACAAGCAUUUGGAGAACAUCGGCAAUGUGUUUGGGGUUUUGUAUAAGGACGAGUUGUUGACGGACUGCACCCUAUACUGCAAAGAAGGGUCGAUAAGGGCGCACAAAGUGAUUUUGGCAGCAUGUAGCCGGUACUUCAGGAAGGUUUUCAUCGAUCUCAAAGAUGACAAUGCCAUCUUUAUGUAUGGAAUUUCUUUGACACAGCUCAAAUAUUUGGUCGAACUCAUUUAUAAAGGCAGUAUAGAUGUUUCUUGUGACAGUUUCAAUUCUGUCAUCGAUUUAGCCGAAGAUUUACAGGUGGCUGGCGUUCUAGUCGAGGAUGGUUCUGAUACUAAGAAGAAUGGCUCUGGAAGAGAUACAAGAUACAAGGGCCAAAAACGAGUGGCAGUCGAUUAUUCAUUGGAGCAUAAUAAUGGUGGACCUUCGAAAUCUAUUAAAACAGAUAAAGAAAGGCGACAGAGUUCCAGUUCAGACAAAUCUUCCUACAUGGAUCAGCAGAAAGAAUCAGAGAUCGAUAGCGACAAUGACGCUCAACAGAUAGAAGACCAACCUUCGGAUAUCAUUGAUAUCGACAGCUUGAAUGAAGAUGAUAAAUUUGUUGGACAUUCUGUAGGUGAGCAAGGCGGUCUGAGUAGUUGGGCGAAGAAAGAGAGGAAAUUCAAAUGUGAUUUGUGCCCGGGCAGCUUCAAGCGUGCAUCUCACUUGAGUCGACAUCAGCUAGUCCAUACUGGAGAAAGACCAUUCGCUUGUGACAAAUGCGAUAAGGCAUUUUCCCGACAUGAUAAGCUAAAACAUCAUAUAUUCAAAUCUCAUGAGAUUGGUGCCCUGAAUGAAGCCCUAGGUCCUGAUUCAUUAUAUACAGUUGAUCGUGUUGAUAUUCUGACACCUGAAACCAACAUGAUCGAAUCUCCCGAUCCCAUCACGCCACAUGAUGAUGAUGAUCCUGAUAUAACAGCUACAUCUGAUCCGAAUUGGGAUACAACACCAACUCAAAAGAAGCAAAGAGGAAGACCAAGAAAACAUCCAGUUCCUCAACCUGGUAAACGGCCAAGAGGACGACCUAGGAUCAAUCCCAUUCCGAUACCUUCAUUGGUCAAACGUCCAAGAGGUAGGCCAAGGCUCAAUCCUAUUGCACCAAAAUACGAUUCAAUGGCCAACUCCAGCUUCUCAAAUGUUCCAUACCUAGUAGGAGGGAUAUCAAUGAAAGACGAUCCAGAACCUGAGAAUAUGGUCAAUCAAGCGAUAAUGGAGCCAGUUAUCGAAAUCAAGACAGAUCAAGAUAAAAACACCAUAGUUAUAGACGAUGAUGGGGGACAAUCAGAAAAUACUAAUAACUUUUUUGAAAACAUUGGAUUAUUCGAAAAUACAGCAAUUGCAAAAAUAGGAGAAUGUACUAUUUCUGUUUCAAUGAACUGAAUACAUUUGUAAUCAGAAAUCCAACAGAAAUGAAAGAUUACCUUUUUUGAGAAUAUUUGUAUUGUUGAAAUUGACCAAAUGUUUUUAUUCACAUGACCUCUGUAAUUAUGAGUAAUAUUUUCAGUUUCAUAUUAUUUAUUACAUUUUAUUAGUAGAUUGCUGAAGUGUUUAAUAAAAUCUACUUGGUGAAAUAAAGAACUUAAAAUAGAACUUUUUUCUGGAAUACCUGGUAUUUUCAACAAAAUUGUAUGCGAUUCAUUGCUUCAUAUAUCUAUUGUCUAUAAAGUGACUUCAUUACUUUCAGAGGGCUGGGAAAUAGUUAUUUGUUUUUCUAGGCAGAAAAGUACAAGAUUUAGUGCCGCGGCUGGCGUUUCAUAGCCUAGGCGUAGCCGAGGCUAGGAAACCAGCCAUGUGAAACAUAAUUUUUUCUCCAAAUUCUUUUCAAUUUCACGCAGUCUAAAUAAUCCAUCAUUUUUUGUUCACCCAAAUUCAUUGUCAAUUCUGAUUACCAAUUUGUUUCAAAUUAUUUGGAAUGUUGCAUAGCAGCAAACUUUUUCUGCCUAGGCACUUUCAAUGUCAUUUGGAGAAAAAACAUUUUUUGCACCAAUGAGGCAAUGUUUCAUGCUUUCAUAAUGAUGAGAACACAUUUGUCAUGUAUUGAAUUGUCGGAAAAAAUAAUAUGAUAACCCAAUUCUUUUCAAAUGAGAUUGAAAUAGUUUUUCUAUAUCCCUUCAUCGAACGAGUGCAGAUAAAUUUUUUAGGGAAACCCAAAUAGCAGUGUAUCACAGAAUGCAUAUUUUGUUUCAUUUAUUUGAAAUGAAUCAAUACUUGCUAUCUAUCAAACAAUAACUGACAAGAUACCCUCAUGCCUCAUGCACGUGUGUUCAUGCAAAAGUGCCAAAUUAAGGGAAGUAUAAUAUGCAAAAAUAUUUUGGUUCAUUCUCGGUGUAUGCAUUCAUAAUGGUAUUGAACCAUUUCAAAUAGAAGCGAAAAUAACCAAGAACAAAGAACUCCUCAACAUAAGCACUCACUAAGACCUAUUGAUCAUAAGUAGUUUUACAAUUUGCAAUACCAGAAGACAGCUGUUGUCUCAUUAGGCAAUUGGAAUAGUUUGACGGAUUAUAAAAUCAUCUUCAUUGAGAUGUACUCACACAAUGUAGGUAUCAAGUAUUUCAACUAACUAAUCUUCUAUUCUAUCAAAAUACAUUUUGUUCCAUUCGAAAAAUGUCUCCUCAUUAUUUGAAAAUGUUGAUAGGUAGUAAAACCAUUAUUUCUGGAAUUUUGGCAAUCGGUUAAAAUACAUUUAGAUAUGGUACAUGAACUUGACAUGAACAAAUCACUCCCAUUCAAAAACCAUUGGCACGGAUACGCCUACCCAAUAUUUAGAGCUGAUGUUAUAUAUUCAGAAAUUAUGACAAUUCAAGAAUUUCAGUGGUGACAAGUGUGUCCUUACUUUCAAAAUCAUUGAGUAUCAGAUCUUCUGAAAUGUCGUCCAGGCGCCAUUUUGAAGGAUACAUAUUUUUUAUCAGAAUCAAAAUGUAGCCCUUGAACUGCCAUUGAAGGUAGAAAAAUCGUUCAAAAAUAAACAAGGGUAGGGCGACUUUAUGGACACAGUGUUUGAAUAUAUGAACAACUAUUUUAAAUGGUAUUUCAGUUAUCAGUAUAGAUAGAAGAUCUUCAUAAUAUGAAAUCACUUGAAUAUCCCCACCGCCUAUACCGGGUGACACAGGAGACAUUCAACAGCCUGUAGUUUUUUAUUUGAAGAGAUAAAAUUUUGAAAUUCACAAGGGAUAUUUUAUUGAUGAACUUGAACCCAAUGACAAUUAUCUCCUACCACCUUUUUGAUCGGAAGUAGGCCCAACUUUUUAUUUUCAAAUUGCAUCCUGUAUAUUUCUGCAGCCUAUCUUAUUCGCCUCAAAAUUCUCUAUUCAACUAUGUAUCACAAUUUGAUAAGCGAAAUGAUACUGAAAAUACACUAAUGUAGACUUAUGAACAGAUGUAUUAGGACGAUACAUCAAUUAUUACAACAAUUUCAGUUUCAUGUAUCCAAAUGGAUUAUCAUAUUAUGGCAACAUGGCAAAGCCUAUCAAGCAACGAAAUGUCAUUGCAUUCGGGCCACAGCCAACUUCAUGUAUUUCAAUAAAAUGCAAUUCAACAGGCAAUCAAUGAGCGAAUAUCAAAUUAUGGUACAUAGUUGAAAAGAGAAUUUAAAGGAGAAUAAGAUAGGCUACAAAAAUAUACUUCCAAUCAAACAGGUGGUUGAAAAAAAUUGUCAUUGGGUUCAAGGAAAGCGCCAUCAUCCAUAAUAUAACCCUUGUGAAUUUAACAUUUUUAUUUUUUUGAAUAAAAAAACUACAGGCUGUUACAUGUCUCCUGUGUAACCCGGUAUAUAUUUUCUGAGGUUUUGUAUAAUUUGAAAAAAGUAAUUCAGAGAUUGAAGCAGGUCAACCUACAUACAAAAUAUCAAUUUGAUGAUUGAACAUAAUCUAGAUUCAUAACCAAAUUCAGUUCUGAAACACCAGAAACUACUUCUCGCUUAUUUUCUUUGAAACUGUGAAUAUUACUAAUUCUACAAAAACUAUUCUUAUUUCAUGUUCAACUUUUUUUGGCAGGGGUAUUUUUUAUAUAAAUGUUCUCUCCCUAUUUCAUAAUGAAAGAAUAAGAAUUUUUCUAUUUUAUAGAAUUUGAAAUUCUUUGAGAGCACUUUCAUUCAAAUUCAAAUUUCUCAACACUUAUUGAUCUGUGUAACUAUAUAUCUUGACUUCAUCAUUUCUAUUUCAAGAUAACGGAAUCACAUUUUAGUUUUGAGAUGUUAUUUUCUUAUAAGUAGUUGAAGUACAGUAUUAAAUAAUAUACAGUGUGUUCAACUAAUGUUGCACGAAACAUUAAGGCUAGAUUUGUUGGGUCAAAAUAUGAAAAAUUAAAUAUAAACAAGUGUCCGAAAAAGAUUCGUUUCCGAGGUACAGGGUGUUCAACUUCCUUAGAAAAGUUGAUUUUAUUACUUACCAAUUUAUAGAAAAUGCUUCAACAUGAAUAAAAUCGACAUAUAAUGUUGACAUAUUAGUAUCUUUGAGACCUAUAAAAAUUUAAGUAUUAUCUGAGGCGUACCCACGUUGCGAUUCCGCUAGUUUUUGUCAUAACAAGAUAACGUCCUGUAAAUAAUGUGUGCAUUUUUUUUUUGAAGCAACUAAAAAUACAACUUAUUUUACUACUGAGUUUAUUGUAUCAAUUUUCGUUAUCGAACAAAAUAUGAAACCAAAAUUUAUACAUGUCUUUGAAUCCAUUGAGAGAAAUAUAGUUAGAAAUGUCAAUAAGGAAGAAUAUUUCGAACAACCAAGUUGGGAGGUUCUAAUUCAGUUUGGAAUCAAAACCCUGUAUCUCGGAAUCAAAUCGCUAUCUUACAUAUAUUUUUUGUCAUGUUUCACAUUUCCUAAUAUCUAUAAAAUGAUGCAGUAGUGCUCAAACUGUUUCUGCUUGCAUAUUAAUGAAACAAGGUUUUUCCAUGGAACCCUAAAUCAGUGCAUGACCAACAACGAUCAUACAUUUUGUUAGUAUGAUUCGGUAGAUUUGGGAAUUACUGCAAUAAUGGUACUGCUUACACAAGGCAUGUUCCGAUAUUCUUGACCAGAGAAUUUGAAAAAUAAAAAUAAGAGUACCUUUUUUAACGAAUAACUAUGUUCAAAUGGCUGUCGACCAAAGUCCUACUGCCAAUAGUCGCGAUUUCGUUGAAAUAUACUGUCAUCCCUCAAAUAGAAAAUAUGCGCUGAAGAGAUGACUAGCUACAGACUUUUCAGAUCACCGAGAACAACGAACAGUUUUUAUGUUGAAUAAUUAUUUUUGUACGGAUUUACCCUUGUCAUAUUUUUGAUUUUUCUACUGGCAAAACUGUUCGGAAAAUAAGAAACAAUUCAAUUCAAGCUAGGUUAUUUCGGGUUAUAGUAAUUAGUGAAACAAGCAAUAUUGGAACAUGAAUUCAAAAUGAUAUCAUAUAGGUAGGAAGAAAUGUGAUUUUAUUUUGAUGAAUAAAAAUGAUAAUAUAUUAUAUAUAUUGCCG